AUGACUGCAAGAAAUUGGCAUGCAACCCUUUCAAUAACCCCUGCAACUACAUCCCACCAUGCUGCCAUUAUGAUUACAAGCCUGUUGCCUUCAAAGAUAUUAAAAGAUGACUGCAAAGUCAUGCCACUCUGUGGAAGCAAGGUGAUUGGGCACUUUCCAGUCAUCAAACUGGAUUCAGGAGAUUCAAAAGAGGCAUUCUGUAAGCCAGUUUGUGAGUGCGCCACUCUGACGACAUGCCAUGAUCAAGAUAUCAAGAAUGUUAGCAGUGAUUGCAAAGGCAUGCAGCCAUGCAGAAACAAGAUGAUCGGGCACUCUCCAGUUGUCAAACUGGAUUCAAAAGGGCCGUGCUCUCUGCCGUUGCAGGUCUGUUCUGUUGACCUUAUCAAAUCCAGGAAGGGACAGAAUCGACUGGAGCAUCACACAGAUCAUUAUCUCAGCGACCACCUCAUCAUCCGUAGAGGACAAUGUUUUGAGAUGUGGAUUGAGCUGUCCCGACCCUUUAAUCCAAACUGUGACCAAUUUAACCUGGAGCUGAGACUAUGUAAUAUCCCAUCAACAUCGAGCGAGAUGCUCACGAUUGUUCCAUUAGUGAAGAAAUUCGAGAAAGACUGCUGGGAAGCCAGGAUUGUUGAGCAAAUGCAAAACCGAAUGAGACUGUGUGUUUACUCUCAGUCAACAGCUUCUAUUGGACGAUACAAACUUACUGUCGUUACCGACGGCCCAGGAGGAAAGGCCACUUCAGCUGAAUAUGAUAUUUACAUGCUGUUCAACCCCUGGUCUAAAUGUGACAGCGUGUACCUGAGUGAUGAGGCAGAGAGAGUUGAGUAUGUGCUGAAUGACAUGGGUAAAAUCUACUAUGGAACUACGCAGCAGAUUGGCUGCAGAACAUGGCACUUUGGGCAAUUUGACGAAGGAGUUCUGGCUGCGUGUUUCUUUGUGUUGGAAAAGAGUGGUGGGCCUUGCUCUGGAUGGGGAGAUCCUGUUAAUGUCGUUAGAGUGAUAUCUGCAUUUAUUAAUGCCAGUGACAACAGUGGUGUGAUAAAGGGUAGCUGGUCAAGAACUUGCAGUGAUGGAACUUCUCCAACAUCCUGGUGCGGCAGCACUGCCAUCCUGAAACAUUACCACCAAAGUGGAGGAAAACCUGUCAAAUAUGGACAGUGCUGGGUCUUCGCUGGUGUCAUCAAUACAAUUUUCAGAUGUUUGGGCAUUCCCACUCGUCCAGUCUCAAACUUCAAUUCUGCUCAUGACACUGAUGUUUCACUGACAACUGAUGUUUAUUUAGAUGAGAAAUUUGAGCCAGUUGAACAUCUGAACCGUUAUUCAGUCUGGAACUUUCAUGUGUGGAAUGAGGCCUGGAUGACUCGUCCAGACCUGCCAUCUGGUUUUGGAGGUUGGCAGCUGGUUGAUUCCACUCCUCAACUUACCAGCAAGGACAAUCUUCGCUGCUGUCCUAUUUCUGUUGCUGCAAUCCGCAACGGGCAGAUUCAGCAUGACGCGCCCUUACUUUUUGCUGGAGUGAACAGCGAUAAAGUCUACUGGCAGCGUAAAGAGAACAAAAACUUUGCUGUAAUUCAUGUUGAGAAGAACGCAGUAGGUCACUGCAUCAGCACCAAAGCUGUCGGCUCAGAUCAACGUGUAGAUAUCACACACCUUUACAAACACCCAAAAGGUUCGGACGGGGCACGAACUGCUGUAGAAACAGUCUGUUGCAAUGGCUUCAAACAGUCUGUAUACCCACUGUCUAACAAUGACGAUGUGAUCAUUGAAGUCAACAUGAAGAGUGAUGGACCAUGUAUUGGUCAGGAUGCAGUGCUUUCCAUCAUUCUGAAGAACAAAUGCCGGUUUUCUCGCAGUUUCACUCUGUACAGCCAGGUGGCAGCCAUAUACUACACUGGAGCCCAAAAAGCCUUGGUGAAAAAGGACCAGACACUCAUUGAGCUCAAGUCGUAUGAGGUCCAGAUUCUGGAGUGGACCUUGUGCUAUGAGGACUAUAAGGACCACCUGGCUGCUCAAACAGCUCUGAUGCUCAUUCUCUCUGGACGGGUCGCAGAGACUACGCAGAUACUGACCACCCAGUUCAACUUCAGAUUCCGCACACCAGAUCUCAUUAUCAUUCCUGUUUACGGCGGUGUAGCGGGCAAAGAGAUGACAUUCAACAUCAAAUUUCAGAACCCACUUCCUUGUGUGCUGAAGAAUGUUGUUUUCCGGUUUGAAGGAUUGGGAUUGCAGUGUGUUAGAAAAAUUAACUAUGGUGACAUUCCAAGUCUGGCCUUAGUGAACCUGACGGAGACCUUUGUUCCUAAAUAUCCUGGGUCACAUAAACUUCUAGCAUCUCUUGACUGCCCUCAGCUCACUCAGGUGCAUGGAUACACCAACAUUGUUAUUCAUGAAAAGAUUUAA